GUCAAUAUUACUAUUACAUGACAAGUUGUAAAUGCAGAGAGGAAUCAGGAAGAUAACAAACAACUGGUCUGUGGUCAAUCAAGCACAUUCUACUGAUUUAGAAACUUCGUUUUACAAAUUAUAACACAGAAUAAUCAACCUUUGUUCACUCCCCACUCUUUCUCUUCCCAUGAGCAUAAAUCUUGCCUUUCAUUCCAAGUUUAUUCACUUAAUUUCAUCCCCUUUUUCCAAUUAAAUUUGGAGUAGAAACGAUCAAACUUCUUUUUCCCAAAAAAAUACAAAAAAAAUCAAACGAUCAAGGUUUUCAUCCAUGGAUUUUGAUUUGGAGAUGAAGAGAAUUCAUCUUCUCGUCUUCAUUAUUGGAGUAAUUGCACUCAGCAUUAUCGCUGAAAAAAGCAGGCAGUUGGUGGGAGAAGAAGCAGCAUCAAAGAGUGGCCAAUUUACUUUCCUAAACUGCUUUGAUAUGGGUUCGGGUUCAUUAGCGUGCUCAGCUAAGGAGGGUGUGAAGCUGUACGUAAACACCUUCCAGUCUGCCCAUGUCGAGCUAGCCAGGAGUCGAGCAAUGGAGAAUACACUGAACGAUGCAAUGUCACAGGGAUUGCCGGCUAAAGAUGCAGCCAAACAAGCUGCUAAAGAAGCAAAGAAAGCUGCAAAACUAGCAUCUCGACAGGCUAGGCGGAUUACAGGACCAAUCAUAUCAUCUGGGUGGGACUUUUUCGAAGCCAUUUACUUCGGAGGUUCAAUGACUGAAGGCUUUCUUAGAGGAGGCGGGACAUUAGUUGGCACCUACGCUGUUGGAUUUCUUGGGGAACAGAGGUUUGGGAGGUUUGGUUACCUCGUGGGAAGCCAAGUGGGAAGUUGGGUUGGAGGAAGAGUAGGAUUAAUGGUCUACGAUGUGGUGAAUGGUGUCCACUACUUGCUUCAGUUUGGUCAGAGCGAGGUAAGUGAAAUUUAUGAAUCUCAAGAAGUUUUUGAAUCUCAAGAAGUUAUUGAAUCUGAAGAACUGUAGGAUUUACGUUUUUUCUUCUUUUUGGCCGUCCGUUCGAACUUGAGUAAUAUGUUUCUUUUGGUUCCAUUUGGUGUUGAUAAUAGUCAAUAGAUAGAUAUGAAUACAGGAUAUCCCUUACGGAGAGUAAUAUUAUAGACCCAAUGGAUUUUACAUUUCAUUAGUGAUAAGAUAAGUGGAACAAUUUGGAGUUUCUCGUAUAACUUUCGUGUGAUCCUUGAAGCUUAAAGAGUAUACAUAUGCACUAUAUAAACCAUUUGAUGCA